UAUAGCGAAACAUGGCGUCUUCAAACAAAUCUUUAAAUUCUAGUAAUAUUCUGACCGAAUUAGACAUUCCAGGAGCCGUAUUACCCCACGAAACUCCUGAACUAUGCAGUGUUGUGCAAUUGAAACGAUGGUUGGUCUGUCGAGGCGCUUGUACAACUGGAAGAAAAGUCGAUCUCGUAUCAAGGGUAAAGGAUUACAAGAAAUGUGGUCUCGAUAAGAAAGAAYUACGAGAUCCCGAUGGUGGAGUUCACCUGGCUCGAAAGAAAGCUGAACUCGGUAUUCUAGAGCAGCACGCUCCAGAUAACCUUACUUCAUCAUUCCCGACGACUGGAUUUUCUACAUCGCUCGAAAACCUUCCUGGCAUCACAUUUAAGACAAUUUGGACUUAUAUGGUUACUUGUGUGGGUGCUAAAAGGCAAUUAUCUACUGCUAAACCGUUAGUUAAAGGAUUCAAUUUUUAUAAAUCUGGACAUGUGUUGACUGUGGAAUCGUGCAAUAGUGAGAAUGGCAGCAGAUCAUAUAUUAAGUCACAAGUAAUGCCAUCCAUGAAAAAGUCAGCUGCAUAUCUCUGCCAUAUAGUGAUAAGGAAGAAUGGCCUCAUACAGAAAGCAAACUGUGGAUGCCCUGCAGGUGUAGAUGGGCGCUGUAACCAUGUUGCAGCAACACUUUUCUCUCUAGAAGAGUUCUGUAAAUUAAGGGAAAAGCAAGAUAGUGAUGAAGCAUGUACUUCACAAAAGUGCAAAUGGAAUGUUCCAAGAAAGCGCAAGGUUGAUCUCAUUCCUGUUGCAAAUCUGAAGUUUCAUAAGCAUGAACAUGCCAAAGUGAAAAAGAUAAGAAAUCCAGUUAUUAUGCCUGGACAUGAUGUGAGACCAGUAAGCCAACGUCCUACUAAUAAUAACAGGAACACAAAACUGUAUAACAUUUAUUCUAAAGUUAUGGCUUUUCAGGAUAAAACUGGAAAAGUUAUUGGCAURAGUCACAUAUUACAGCAACACACAGAAGAUGACAUCAAAGCUACUGUAAGCUUAGACCAUAAUUAUUGCAAACCUCCUCCUGAUGAUGACAAGGCAKCUACUGACGAGAACGUUAUUAGUAAUCCCACAGAUAGAGAUUAUGAGAAAGGCUUAAGCAGUGUUAUGGAUUUAAUCUCUCCAAUUAAAGUGCACCCUGUGUCUCAUGCAGAAAUACAAAAGAGAUGUAGAGAUGUCAUCAAUAAACUACAAGUAUCAGAAGAAGAAGUGCAGACAAUUGAGAGUCAAACUAGAGAGCAGUCACAUUGUAGUGAAUGGUUUUUCCAUAGAAAGUACAGAAUAACUGCGUCUAAGGCAUAUCGAUGUGCUGCAUUGAAGGAGUCUACUUCCCCAACAAAAGCCAUUGCAGAAGUUCUAGGGUUCAAUGAAGUUAAAUCCACUGAAGCAAUGAGAGCUGGCCUAAAUCAGGAGCCAAUCAUCAUCAAAGAUUACAUCCAAGAAAGGAAGAAGCAUGUUAAUGUUUCUGUUGAACAUUGUGGAUUCUUUAUUCAUCACACUYAUGGUUWYCUAGGAGCCAGUCCAGAUGGCAUCAUUAMUGAACAAGUAGAMAAUUUCAAGUCAAUGGGUCUUCUUGAAAUGAAAUAUAUACAAAUGAAUGACGCAGAAACAUUAACUGAUGCACUUGUAAGAAAGAGAGUUUGCGUUUCAACAGGUGAUUGUGUAACGAUUAAUCAUAAUCACAAAUAUUAUUACCAAAUGCAACAUCAGAUGUUUGUUACAGGCAAGACAUGGACAGAUUUUGUUGUCAAAGGUUCACAGUGUAGUUCCCUAUACAUAGAGAGAGUUAAUUUCAAUUCUAUUUUUUGGGAUGUCGUYCUCCCCAAGCUUAAGGUAUUUUUUCAUAAGUACAUGGUUCCUGAGAUUGUCUAUCCUAGUAUAAAACUUGGUCAGACCCGUAGAGUAUUAGAUAUGGAAAUAAUCACAAGGCAAAUGUAACCUUUUAUAAGAUUGAGAAA